AUCAUGUUCUAUCAUUUCAUUUUUUCUUUAUAUAAAGAGAUCAUGUUCAUCAUCCUGUGUAUAUUAAAAAAAACCCCAUUUCCCAUUCGUUCGCUUAACGAAAUCCUUGUAAAAUAUCAUUUCUUCCCCAUUAAUUCAUCUCUCUGAAUUGGGUCUUUGCCAAAGAACCUUCUUCUUCAUCAUUGUCUCUUGGCUUUUGGGGUUUCUCUCUGGGUUUGAAAUUGAUCGCACCAUUUGAUCUGGAGGCAUAAAGGGUUCCAGUGAUUCGGUGGGGCGGAGAUUUUUGGUGCAUUUGUUUACGGAAGCGGCGGCGGCGGAGCUUUGUUGUUGAAGAGACGAAGAGUCUUCUUGUAUCUUGUAAAUUAUUUUAGAUGGUUCUUCUUGGUUCUAUCUUCUCAAUUUGCAGGGAUGCAGCUGGAGUCGCUGGGCACAUAUUUGCUUUUGGACUUUUCUUGUCACCCUUAGAUACAUUUCGACGUGUUAUCAGAAACAAAACAACAGAACAGUUUUCGGGUUUGCCAUAUAUAUAUGCUCUGUUAAACUGCCUUAUUUGCCUAUGGUAUGGUACACCCGUCAUUUCUCCAAGAAACACAAUGGUCAUGACGGUCAAUUCGAUCGGCGCGGUAUUUCAGUUAGUCUACAUCAUGCUCUUCAUAGCAUAUGGCGAAAAGGGGAAAAAGAUAAAAAUGAUAGGAUUGUUGCUUGCAGUCUUUGGCCUCUUUAUAGUAGUCGUUGCCGGGAGCCUACAAAUAGCUGACCUCCCAUUGCGACGGAAUGUUGUCGGGAUUUUGAGUUGUGCAUCUCUCGUAUCAAUGUUCGCUUCUCCCUUGUUUAUUAUAAAUUUGGUGAUUCGAACAAAGAGUGUGGAGUUUAUGCCAUUUUAUCUCUCCCUUUCGACGUUCCUCAUGAGCAUAUCUUUCUUCCUCUAUGGACUGUUCAAUUAUGACCUAUUUGUUUAUGCCCCAAAUGGGAUAGGAACUGUGUUGGGGAGUAUCCAAUUGGUGUUGUAUUGCUACUACAGUCGAGUUGCUAAAGAGGAGUCUAGAGAACCUUUAAUCGUAUCCUAUGCGUAAAUACGUACAUUGUGUAUUUACAUUAUGAUAAUGAGGAACCACAGAUUUCCGAGGGUUGAUAAUUGGUUCUUCCACAGCAUUGGUGCGCAGUUCAGCGUUAGCCAACAAGCCGUUUCCGAGCUACGGUGUGUUUUGUUGUAAAAUUACCCUCAUUCAUUUCUCCAGUUUAAUUGAUUGGCUUGUUUUUUGACCUAUCAAUCUGUUAAAUGGUGUAUUGUUAGACAUCCAACCCCACUCUCGGGUGAAGAAUGUUGUAAUUUGUUUUAGCCUUGUGAUUUAAAAAGCUUUGUGUUAUGGCUCUGCUGUAGCCCUCUCUCUC